AUGCUGCGCCAACCGCUGUCAAGGGCGCUUGCGUUGAGCUCCCCAAGCCGCGCUGCACCGAUAGCCGCCAAGAGAUAUGCCCAAGUUCAAGCACAACCUGAAAAGGUUGAAGUGUUCAUUGAUGACAAACCUGUGUAUGUUCCACCAGGUACCACAGUGCUGCAAGCAGCAGCAAUGGUAGGGGUAGAAAUACCGCGUUUCUGUUACCAUGAAAGAUUAGCAGUCGCUGGUAACUGUCGUAUGUGCUUAGUGGAAGUAGAAAAAUCACCUAAACCUGUUGCGGCAUGUGCUAUGCCAGUAAUGAAGGGAAUGCGAGUGAAGACUACAUCUGAUCUUACUAAGAAGGCUAGAGAGGGGGUGAUGGAAUUUCUUCUUGUUAACCAUCCUUUGGAUUGUCCUAUCUGCGACCAAGGAGGUGAAUGUGAUCUUCAAGAUCAGUCUAUGGCAUUUGGCUCAGACAAAAGCCGAUUUACUGAUAUACACUUUUCUGGAAAGAGGGCUGUAGAGGAUAAAGAUGUGGGGCCACUGAUUAAAACAAUCAUGACCAGAUGUAUUCACUGCACUCGUUGCAUUAGAUUUGCUUCUGAAGUAGCAGGCGUAGAUGACUUUGGCACCACUGGUCGUGGAACAGAAAUGCAGGUUGGAACAUAUGUUGAGAAAAUGUUCCUCUCUGAACUUUCAGGCAACAUUAUUGAUCUGUGCCCUGUUGGUGCACUAACGUCGAAACCCUACAGCUUUGCCGCUCGACCUUGGGAAACUAGAAGGAUUGAUUCAGUUGAUGUCCUAGAUCCAUUGGGUAGCAACAUUGUUGUAGCUACCCGAACUAACGAAGUCCUACGUAUCUUGCCGAGGACUAACGAAGAGAUCAAUGAGGAGUGGCUAUCUGACAAAUCUCGGUUUGCCUGUGACGGUCUCAAACGGCAGAGGCUUGUAACGCCCAUGAUAGCGGACAGCCGUGGAAAUCUCACCCCUGUUGAGUGGGAAGACGCAAUUGUCGCCGCUGCUCAGGCCAUUAGAGACUGUCCCCCUAGUAAGCUUGUGGCAGUGGCUGGUGAACUCGCUGAUGCUGAGUCUCUCAUUGCACUGAAGGAUCUGGUGAACCGUCUAGGUGGCGAGAACGUUUGUACCGAGCAAUACUUCCCGAUGGAGGGUGCCGGCACAGAUCUUCGUUCCUCUUACGUGCUCAACACUAAAAUUGCUAAUGUUGAAGAGGCCGAUUUUGUACUCCUGAUCGGAACUAACGUCCGUUUUGAGGCGCCAUUGCUGAACGCGAGGAUUCGCAAAGCCUUCCUCCACAAGGAGACUGAUGUUGCCCUGAUUGGACCUGAGGUUGAUCUCACCUAUGAGUACAUGCAUGUCGGUGAUUCAUCAUCCAUUCUAAAAGAUUUAGCCACGGGUUCAUCAAGCCAUGAAGUCCUCAAGAGAUUACAGUCAGCCAAGAGGCCAGUGGUAAUUCUCGGUGCGGACCAGCUUAAAGGAUCUGAGGGUCCAGCGCUGCUUGCUUAUACGCAAGAGCUGGCUCUGCGUCUACAGGAUCAGUUGGAGGACAAAGAAUGGAAGGUGUUGAACGUACUACAACGCACUGCCUCGCAAGUGGCAGCCCUGGAUAUCGGUUACAAACCAGGCGUAGGAAAAGUGCUGCAAGAUGGACCCAAAGUCGUCUUCCUCUUGGGUGCUGAUGCUGGUGUCGUCACCCGUGAGACUUUGCCCAAGGACUGUGUUGUCAUCUAUCAAGGUCACCAUGGUGAUGCUGGGGCAUCCAUAGCUGACAUUGUAUUCCCGGGUGCGGCGUACACGGAAAAGCGUGGUACCUAUGUCAAUGCUGAAGGUCGUGCCCAACAAACUUUGCCAGCUGUGACCCCACCAGGAAAGGCUAGAGAGGACUGGAAGAUCAUUCGUGCACUAUCAGAAGUAUUAGGCGCCCGUCUCCCGUACGACAACUUGGAUGAAGUCAGAGACAGACUUGCUGAGAUCAGUCCCGCGCUUGUUGCUUACGGGGACGUACAAAACAAUAACUACUUCGCGCAGGCUAGAGCGCUUGCGCAGAGUCUCCAGAAACCAGUAUCGGGUAAAUUGGAUGUACAAUUGAAACAGUUGGAAGACUUCUUCAUGACUGAUGCCAUCAGCCGAGCCUCCCCCACAAUGGCUAAAUGUGUACAAGCGGUGCUCAAGCAGAAACAAUCUCCAUACUAA